GCUUCAACAUCGUUCUUGAGCUGUGAUUAGCGUAUAUUCUUUAUUAAAGGCGUAAUUGUUAUUCAACCAUCUAUUUGAGGAAAAGGAGGCUUAGUAACUAUUUCAAUGUUCUAACUUGUGGUGGUGAUGAGAAGUUUUAUAAGUGAACAGGAAAUAUGAUGGAUAGCGAAAUUUGUUCUUUUAGUUGAUUCCUAUACUUAUAAUUUAUAUCAGGUACUUUCAACUUAAAUAGUGAGCAUUGAAAUCAAAGGAUGGUUGCAAGUGGCAGAAUCUGAUCUGAUAUUGGACCCUCUCGGGUACAAUGAACCAGAAAGAUGAAAAAUGGGCUUGUCCAUUUUGUACUUAUGAGAACUGGCCCAAAGCCCAGAAAUGUACAAUAUGUCUGGCAGCAAAGUCAAGCCACAUUAUCACUGAUGAACCAUCACAAGAAAGAGACAUUUUCAAGAUAACACCAUUGGUUACAGACACUAGUGGCAAAAGCAGCAGUGCCUUCAGUACAUCAGCAUCCAACCCUUUCAACAAAUGGUCAUGUAGUACAUGUACUUUUCUUAAUUGGCCAAAGUCUACAAAAUGUACGCAGUGCCUGACACCACGAAUCUGCACUUCAACACCUCAUCACACCAGUCCAGUUUGUGACACAGCACGUGGCCAGCCUUCAAAUUACAAGUCUUGCUUGGAACCAUGUGAUGGCCAUCUACAGAAUGACAGAAACAAGUGUGCAACGUAUUCAAUGAAAUGGACAUGCCACGCCUGUACAUAUGAAAACUGGCCCAAAGCACAGAAGUGUGUUAUAUGUCAUACAAGUCAUGCCAAACCUGAGAUAGCUUGUGCAACUUAUGGUUCUGAAGAAUUUGAAGUUGGAAAAUAUACACCUCCAUCUUCCACCAGCCAAGAACCUGUUGCACCACCACGAAUUUCUCCAAAUGUUAGAAGCAACCCACCAAGUGGUGUAAUACACAUUGGCUUGAGUAGAAGUUCAGAGGCUGGCUGCCUACAGAAUUCUGGAGCACUUGCAAGUAUUAGUAGUUGUACUCCAGCAUCAAACAACUACUUGGAAGGGUGGAGGUUACGGCAAUUACGAUGUAAUGCCAGAGAAAUGGACAAAGCUUGGUUGAAUGCUUGUGUUGGUGUUCUGGAAGGUAAUCCAAAUUCUGUCAUACAUUAUCUGGCAAUAGGAGGAGAUCCUGCACGCAAACUGACAGCAACUGAAGUAACACUACUAGCCAGACCUUUGACAUUAGAUGUUGGACAUAGUCUUGCCCAUUUGGCCAUUCAGUAUCAGAGAGAUGAUAUUUUAGCACUUAUUAUUUCCAAUUCGGGAGUUUCACAGCCCAUGGCAAAGCGUGUACCUUCUGAUGUGAGCAGAGAUAUUGCAGCAGACAUAAGACAUCAUAUGGCUACUGUACUUAAACAGAAGAAAGGAGAUUUUUCUUGCUAUUUUGUCACAGAGUUUGUGACAUUUGCACUUCCAGCAGAAAUAGAAGAUUUUUCUACUUCAGUACAACAAAGGGUAUUUGAUGAACUACUGGAUAGAGAUGUUCAAAAAGAACUUGAAGAAGAAUCACCCAUCAUUAAUUGGAGUCUAGAGCUAACAGAACGACUUGGUUCAAGAUUAUAUGCCCUGUGGAAUCGUAGUGCAGGUGAUUGUCUCUUGGAUUCAGCUCUGCAAGCCACCUGGGGAGUUUUUGAUCAAGAUAACUCUUUACGUCGAGCUUUAGGAGAUAGCCUAUGCGAAGCUGCUCCAGUGCUUUAUUGGCGAUGGAAGGAGGCUGAAACACUACAGGCCGACCUUCUCCACUUUUCACUGGAUGAAACGCAGUGGCAGGAGGAUUGGACCAUGCUGCUGUCUCUAGCCACUCAACCUGGCUCAGCCCUGGAACAGCUUCAUAUAUUCACUCUUGCACACAUCCUUAGGAGACCGAUCAUUGUGUAUGGUGUUAAGUAUGUUAAAAGCUUUCGUGGCGAAGCUCUUGGCUAUGCGCGAUUUCAAGGGAUAUACCUACCCUUGCUGUGGGACCACAGCUUUUGUUGGAAGUCUCCUAUUGCCUUAGGCUAUACUCGAGGACACUUCUCAGCUCUUGUACCCCUAGAGCCGGACUCUGGGGAUGUCCUUGGAGCUGGUGCGAACUUAAGAUCAAGUGAUGAGCUCCAGGUGGUGUUUCUGCCUCUCAUGACAUCAGACCAUCAGUUACUCCCACUGCACUUCCUUACUCAAAAUGAAGUAC